AUGCCAUCUAAACGCUCUAGAGGUGCACCUGCCUGGAGUAGAAAGGAAGUAUUGGAUCUUCUGGCCCUAUGCGGAAAAGAGGCGGUACAGCUACGGACCAGUCAUAGAAAUGUGGACAUAUCCAAAAAGAUUUCACACAAGAUGCAGGCAAAAGGGUAUGACAGGGAUCAGCAACAGGGGCAUGUGAAAGUGAAGAAACAGCAGCAGGCAUACCACAAGGCCAGGGAGGCCAACAGUCAAUCUGAUGUCAAACCGCAGACCUGCCACUUAUACAAUGAGUUGUACACCGUUCUAGCACUGCUUUGGAUAUUUCACGUUCUCGCAGCUCUGUCUUUCUAUUACCUCCAGUCCUACUCAUUUCGGGAGAAUCUGUUGUUCAUCAGGAAAAUUUGCUCUGAAGCCAAGGACCUGACAACUCCUCUUGGAAGAGAGAGAACUCUAGGAAGGAAACUAAGACUGUAUUGUACUGUUAAAGAAGCUGUGACAACUACUAAUGAUGGUGGCACUAUUUUAAAGCUGCUGGAAGUGGAACAUUUAGCGCCCACAUGGUUGUGUGAAUUGGCAGAACUACAAGAUAAGGAGUCUGGAGAUGGAACAAUCUCUGACAGUACUGGCAUGCGAAAGAUGCUGGUGCCAGGCAGUGAGGAGCAGGAAAGGGGCAGCAUUCCAAACAACACAGAAGUAACUUGCCCAGAAAGCUACUUCUGGCUAUGGGUGGCUCUGACUCCGGGAACACGUCCUUGCAGUGCCUGUGCCUCCCUUCCUCUACUCGUCACCACCCUCCACAGAAACCCACUUUAUAAACAAACCUGAACAUAUUUUUAAUAAAAAUCCUCUUCACAGCAA